AUGUUCUCUGCUACUUCGGGGGCGGUGCGCAUCGGCGCCCGUCGAGUCGCCGCCGCGCCCCGGGCCGCCGUCAUCACCCCGUCCUGCCAGCGCCGCGGCCUCUCCUCCACUGGCCGUCUCGCUUACUCCGCCGCCGCCCUCAACACGAACCCGAACCCGCCGCUCGGCAAGAAGAACGCCUCCAACGAGGCGCCCUCGCGCAUCGGCCUCAUCGGCGCCCGCGGCUACACCGGCCAGGCCCUCAUCGACCUGCUCGACAACCACCCCAACAUGGACCUGCGCCACGUCUCCUCGCGCGAGCUCGACGGCCAGGCCCUCAAGGGCUACACCAAGCGCGAGGUCGUCUACGAGAACCUCUCGCCCGAGGACGUCGCGCGCCUCGACAAGGACGGCGCGGUCGACUGCUGGAUCAUGGCCCUCCCUAACGGCGUCUGCCGACCAUACGUCGACGCCCUCGGCCAGAGCCAGAGCGUCGUCGUCGACAUCUCGGCCGACUACCGCUUCGACAAGUCGUGGGCCUACGGGCUUCCCGAGCUGCUGGCACGGCCCAAGAUUGCUCAGUCGACGCGCAUUAGCACCCCGGGGUGCUACUCGACCGGUGCGCUGCUGGCGCUCAACCCCAUCCUGGAGCAUCUGGGUGCUUCGCCGACCGUUUUCGGUGUCUCGGGCUACAGCGGAGCCGGCACCAAGCCCUCUCCAAAGAACGACGUUGCUCUUCUCCACGAUAACCUUCUGCCAUAUAGCUUGACUGGUCACACGCACGAGCGUGAAAUCAACCACCAGCUUGGCAUCUCGGCCUCAUUCAUCCCGCACUGCGCCUCCUGGUUCCGCGGCAUUCACCUUACCAUCAACGCUCCCUUGAACAAGACCAUGACCUCGCGAGACAUCCGCCAAAUCUACCAAGACCGAUAUGCUGGUGAAAAGCUCGUCAAGGUGAUUGGCGAAGCCCCGCUCGUCAGAGCCAUCCAGAACAAGCAUACCGUUGAGAUUGGUGGCUUCGCCGUUGACAGCACUGGCCAACGAGUUGUUGUUUGCGCCACGAUUGACAACCUCAACAAGGGUGCUGCCACCCAGUGCCUACAGAACAUGAACCUUGCACUUGGUUAUGACGAAUACCAGGGAGUUCCUUUGGACUAA